UGUGUGUGUGUGUGUGUGCCUGUGCGCGCGUCCGCGCGUAUCCUUUGAAGGCUGGUUCAAGGCCUGGGGGCGCCCAAAUUCUUCAAUCUUGUUUGAGAACGUGCAAGCGUGAUGCUCCUUCCGUUUCCUGCGCGCGUGUUUUCGACCUUGCUUGCGCUGACGCUGGGAGCGCGGCCAGCGCAGCUUGACGGCAUCACCCUCGACUCGUCAUCAGUGCACCAGCUUGACUCGCUGCAUGACUCGCUACGCGUACCACGCGCUGUGUCACUUCUGACGGUUACGCCCCCCAAUGCUGCCACGUCCACGAGGCUACCACAGCGCCCUGCCUCAGACCCCAGUCGGCUCCAGCGGUCUGCGACCGUGGCGGACGUCGCGGAUGAUGGCACCGCUUGCAGCAUCACCAAUGGUACAGGAAUGAAUGCUAAUCAAUGUCGAUGCGGAGAGAGAUGGUGCCGGAGUCGCCAAUGGUGCAUCUCGGCCACUAGCGAGUGCUUGGAGGCGGGGACGGCGCUGCGCCACGCCAUUGACGAGCACGGCAGCGAGGCCAUCCCGCUCAUCCACCAGGCCCUCGACGACAGCAUGGUCGUCGAUCGGCGCGAGGCCAAGACGGCCGAGAGCGCGGAGGACGGCGCCAAAUGCUGCAAGUGCAAGGAUGACGCCACCACGUGGUCCAAGAGCGGCACAUGUACGGAAUGUUGGCCAUCGGAUGUUCUUGGCGGGGCCGCGGUCGAUGCAAAUCAGUUUUCUGAGGAUCAACGGCCUAUGCAAGCAUGUCGGAUGGACCGUGCCUCCCUUAUUAUAGGGAUUAUCGGGCAUAUGCUCGCGACCCGGAUGUUUCGCUGGAAGGUGAUAUUGAAAGAGGUAUUGUUGGGGUUGCCCCUGGAGCCGGGAGAAGCCGCGGACCAAGAGAUUGGCAACAGAACAAACGGGACCCCGCCAAGUUUUGGGGCCGACGGAUUCCAGCGCGGGGCGCCCCACGCGGAUGCACAACCACAUGCGUCACGCAUGCGUCGCAACAGGUUCUGGAUGUUUGGCAUCUUCCAGGCUGAUGGCUGUCCUGGGACGUUUGGUGGGGUCUCGAAGUGCCAGGCACGGGUAACCGCGCACAACUGAAACAGAGCAAAAGCAGGAGGAGGUGG